UGGCUCAACGCGCGGGCACAGGCCCGCCACGCGCUUCCGGGCCAAUGGGAAGCUGGCUCGCCCGGCCGCGGGGUACACGCCUGCCGCGCAUGGCCGCCGCGCGCAGCGUCAGGAAAUCUGCUGACUUAACCUGGACAAAGACAGGAAGAAAAACCCCGUGCUUUUUGUGUAGCUGCAUCAACGUUGCCUUUCUGUGUACAACAUUGACUGUACACAUCACUGCUGUAACCAACAAACAGGAAUAUGUAAAACAUCUUCUCUAGAAAGAAUGAUACCCUCAUUUUGGAUGAUUGCCCUCACAGUCUAAAAGACCGAUUUUUGUGAAAAAAGAUUUUACCAUUGUUUGUGUCCAUAAGAGACAAAAAGGAUUCACAGAAUAAGCAUUUGGAAACAGAAGCUUAUACAGCUUGACAGCCCUUGGGCUUCUCUUAGUAAACAUCCCCAUGCAAACUGUAUUUUUCAUUUUAUAGCUUCAUCAGAUACAGUGAGCUAAUAGUGAGACAGUUUGGUGUUGUGAUGGCACUCUUUUCUCAAACUAGUCAGCAGGGUUUUCAGGCUUUGCUAUGGAAAUGUCACAUGUUCUGGCCUGUAUCAAGAUGCCGGCAACUGUUUCCUGCCUCUUUCAGCAUCCCUAAUAGGGAAAAAAUUAACUAUUUCAGUUCUAUGCCAUCUUCCGGCACUGCUUUACCAGUGGACACCAAAGAAACUGAUGUCUUACCUGCCAAGAAAAGGUCUGAAAUUGAUUGCAAAGAAGGAAAAGGAUCAGAUGAGGAGACUAAAGAAACACGUGAAGGCAAAGUCCACUUUUCUUCCUCUGUUGGAGCUGCAAAGAAAUGGUCAAUGAGUCACGUUGUGUCAAGGCAUAAGUUUAGCAUUGUACAACCUCCAGAAAAACCUUUGCAGGCUGAGGAAUGGAACAAACUAAGGGAAGAAUUCCAAUCACCUGAAAUAUUUGAAGAGGUGAUGCUGAACAGUAUGAUCAGGUGCAACAGCCCCAUUGAUGUGGCCAAGUCCUUGCUGACCCACCUUGCAAAGCGUAAUGGUGACGUUGCAUACAACAUGCUGGUCAAAUACCUGACACUGUGUGUCCAGCAGGGACAGGUUUCAGAAAUCCGUGAUGUGUACGACAUAAUGAAAGUCAGGUUUAAGAUUUUAGAAAGUGGGGCUUACAGCCUUCUAAUCAGGGGGUUGAGCAAUUCAAAUCAGUGGAGAAUGGCUUUGACUGUUUUGGAAGAAGUAAAAAAGAUUAUGAUUCCCUCACGGACGUGCUAUGAAUCUUGUAUCAAAGCAGCCAGCCGUCACCAAGAAUUGAAACUCGCCUUUGAACUGUACAGUGAGAUGUUGGCUAAAGAUGUGGUCCCAACCUUGCAUGUCCUGCAGUCGUUUUUUGACUACAGCAGGGGUGUGAAAGGUGCCGAAUUGCAAAAAGAGCUCUUUGGUAUCCUCUUAUAUUUGAGAGAGAACCAAAUAUACCCCCACAGAACAUUUAUGCGGAGUAUAAAGCUUUGGUUUGAAAGUUUACCGGGAGAGAACUGGAGAGGACGCCUGACCAAAAUUAAAGACAGUGGACAAUGCCCAGUUUGCAACCAUCAGCUGGAGGACAGUAACCUCACCGAAGAGGAAUACAGUCAUCUCAGUGAGAGAAUAAUAAAGGAUGUGAUACAUGGAACUGACACUUUUAGAAAGACAAGUCCAGAGGAAUUGGAGGCCUUUCAAACAUUUGUUGAAAAUCGACUUCCGUUUGAUAUUGUUAUUGAUGGACUCAAUGUUUCCCACAUAAAAUCCAGAAGGAUGCAGUGUGAAAAUCUGUUUGAUGCUGUCAACCGCCUGGCAAAAGAGAAUGCCCGGUUGCUUGUGCUGGGUCGCAAACAUAUGCUGACAAACUCUUCAAACUGGAAAAGAGAAAUUAUGAAGGAGAUGCAGAGUAAGGCAGACUUCUUCUUUGCUGAAAAUAUCUCUGAAGAUGAUCCCUUCUUGUUAUACGCCACUCUCCGCUCAGGCAAGCAUUGCAGGUUUGUUAGCAGAGACUUCCUGCGGGACCACAAGGCUUGUCUCUCCGACAGUCUGACACGUCACCUGUUCCGCAAGUGGCAGCGCGGGCACCAGAUAGUGUUCUUCCCUUCUGCAGAAGGAAGGGGUAUAAAUUUUUUGCCUGCUUUCCGUUACGACUGUGUGGUACAGACUACAGGUGAUACAUGGCAUAUUCCCUAUAAAGAUGUUUUUGAGGAAAAAUACUCAUAUCAAGUACCAAGAAAAUGGCUCUGCAUUCACCAGAAAUGAUGAGGAAUGUAACUGGAUAAGCUGAAGCUGCCUUUUUUUUUUUUUUUUUUUUUUUUUUAAACUGUUGCUGGCUAGGAGAAUUCAGCAGGGCAGUUAUGAGGUGUGUUACUAAAGAAAACUGAGUGACUGCUUUUGACAAAAUCAUUCCUGCAUACAUCUCUUAACAUCAGCGGUGGUCCAGUGGGGGUGAAUUAUGUCCAUUAUUUCCAUUUUUACAGGCAUUUUUUGUGAUUUGAAUUAAAACUUGCCUUUUUCUCUUGGAA